GUGAGAGAGCUAGAGAGAGAGAGCGAGAGAGAGAGGGGGGGGGGGCGCGUUCUCUCCCGGUGCACUUGGCAGUUAGUUGCGGGCUGCUGUGCUGUUGCUGUCGUGGCGGUGUGGCUGGUCGCGGGGAACUUGAGCACACUGGAGCCCGAAGUCCCACUCUCUCACCUGCGCAGUUCGGAGCUGCCAUGGGUCUCGCGCCUGGAUUUACUAUCUUAAUCAUUCUGCCGGCCUUUCUGCAGACAAGCGGCCUAUAUAUCGCCAGUAGCGUAGACUCCCUGCAGCAUGUACUGGGGGAGUAUGGACUGGUGAGGCCUGUGAGCGUGGACGCAGACGGCCGGUUCCUGUCCCAUGUCGUGUCGGCCGGCGCGGUGGGGGCAGGGGCGGGGCAGCACCGUAGGCGCUGGCGGAGGGAGGUCGGAGGAAGAGAGGGAGCGUACGAGGACCAGACGGAGGACAGAGGGCCCCGGCAUGGACAGCUUUACUACAACGUCACCGUCUUCGGCCGGGAGUUCCACCUGCGUCUGCGGCACAACGCGCGACUGGUGGCCCCCGGAGCCAAGAUGGAGUGGCACGACGACGACGACAACGACAGCAACGGAGCAGCCACGCGUUCCGAGCCCCUGUUGGGGGACUGCUUCUACGUGGGUGACGUAACGGACACGCCCGGAGCCACCGUAGCCAUCAGCAACUGUGACGGCCUGGCUGGUAUGAUCAGGACGGAGGAAGAGGAGUUCUUUAUUGAGCCAGUGGAAAGGGGGGAUGGAGUGAUGAGGGAGGAAGAGGGAGAAGGGCGUCAACAUAUCGUCUACCGCUCCACUGCCGUGAAGAAAACCCCCGCCAGUAGCCCCACAGCCGACUACCAUUCCAGAGGUGCUGACCUGGGUGGUCUGAUGGACCUGGAGUCACUGUUUCGUGGUGUGGAGCAGAGCAUCAACCAGACCCGAGCCCAGAGACAACGGAGACACAGUCCAGACAGGGCCUACAACAUCGAGGUCCUCCUGGGAGUGGACGAUUCAGUGGUCCAGUUCCACACCAAGGAGCACGUCCAAAAGUAUCUACUCACACUCAUGAACAUCGUGAAUGAGAUUUACCAUGACAAGUCUCUGGGUGCCAGGAUAAAUGUGGUGCUGGUACGAAUUAUCUUGCUGGGCUAUGGGAAGUCCAUGAGUCUCAUAGAGCUGGGAAAUCCAUCUCAGAGUCUGGAGAAUGUUUGUCGCUGGGCCUUCCUGCAGCAGAAACCGGACACAGGAGAUUCAGAAUACCAUGACCAUGCUAUCUUCCUCACACGACAGGAGUUCGGGCCUACCGGCAUGCAGGGGUAUGCUCCAGUAACGGGGAUGUGUCACCCAGUGAGGAGCUGUACUUUGAACCAUGAGGACGGCUUCUCUUCUGCCUUUGUGGUAGCACACGAGACAGGACAUGUGCUGGGCAUGGAACACGACGGCCAGGGGAAUCGUUGUGGAGACGAGGUGCCCAUGGGGAGCAUUAUGGCCCCGCUGGUGCAAGCUGCCUUCCAUCGGUUUCACUGGUCCCGGUGUAGCCAGCAGGAGCUUGGGCGAUAUUUACAAUCCUAUGACUGCCUCCGGGAUGACCCCUAUGAACACAAAUGGCCUUCCCUGCCAAGUCUUCCUGGUCUGCACUACUCCAUGAACGAACAGUGCCGCUUUGACUUUGGCGUUGGCUACAUGAUGUGCACCGCGCUGCAAAAGGUGGGCCAGACGGGAACACAGUACCGGACAUUUGACCCCUGCAAGCAGCUGUGGUGUAGCCACCCUGACAACCCGUUUUUCUGCAAGACCAAGAAAGGGCCGCCGAUCGACGGCACCAUGUGUGGUGACGGGAAGCACUGCUUCAACGGCCACUGUAUUUGGCUGACCCAUGACAUGAUUAAGCAGGAUGGUGGGUGGGGCGUGUGGAGCCAGUUUGGAUCGUGCACCCGCACCUGCGGAGGAGGGGUGCAGUUCCGGACCCGCGAAUGUGACAACCCCAUGCCUGCUAAUGGAGGUCGUACCUGUCUGGGUUCUAACUACCAGUUCCAGCUGUGUAACAGCCAGGAGUGUGAGGACCUGUACAGUGACUUCAGAGAGGAGCAGUGCCGCAGGCUGGACUCGGAAUUUGAGUUCCAAAGCAGAAUGCACCACUGGUUGCCUUUUGAACACGCUGACCCUUUGAAGCGCUGCCACCUACAUUGCCAGUCCAAGGAGACCAGAGACAAGAUUGACAUGCAGAGGCUGGUCCAAGACGGAACACACUGCUCGUACAAAGACCCGUACAGUGUGUGUGUGCGUGGCGAAUGUGAGAAAGUGGGCUGUGACGGCGCGAUAGGCUCGUCCCUACAGGAGGACAUGUGUGGCGUCUGUGGAGGGGACAACACCAGAUGCAAGAUCAUCGAGAACGACUUCAACCGCAGUGCCAAGAAACAAGGUUACCUCAAAGUAAUUGAAAUCCCUCGAGGGGCAAGACACCUGUUGAUCCAGGAGAUCGACCCAACCCCACACAUCCUAGCCGUGAAGAACCAGGCCUCAGGACAAUUCUUCCUCAAUGCGGAGGGAGAAUUCCCAGAAUCCCGCUCGGUCAUAGAGAAAGGCGUGGAGUGGGAGUACAUAAACAAUGAAAAUGAGAAGGAGACCAUUCAGACCAAAGGGCCGCUCAGACACGGGGUCCUCAUCAUGGUGCGGUCCCAUGGUAAUAACAAGGUGAACCUGUACUAUAAGUACAUCAUCCACAUGGAUCUGCUGUCUACCAUCGAAAGCAACAUGCUUCUGGAUGACACCUCCUUCUACGAGUGGGCACUGAAGAAAUGGUCCUACUGCUCUAAGCCCUGUGGGGGAGGUAAGCAGGUCACCCGAUACGGCUGCCGAAGGAAAGCGGACAGUAAGAUGGUCCACCGCCGCUACUGCGAGAACAUCAAGAAGGACCAUACCAUCAGCCGAAGUUGCAACGUGAAAGAGUGCUCCCAGCCCGUCUGGGAGGCGGGACCAUGGGAGACGUGCAGUAAGACAUGUGGGAAAACCGGCUUCCAGAGUCGGUCUGUUCACUGCGUCCAACCCUUAGAAAACGGCAACAAGCGACCCAUCCACAGCAAGAACUGCAACGACGACCGACCUGAGGCGCGGCGUCCCUGCAACAGAGAGCUCUGCCCCGCACAGUGGAGAGUAGGGCCCUGGUCCCAGUGCACGGUGACCUGUGCCAACGGGACCCAACAGAGGCAGGCGCUGUGUCACACACGUGACAACACCAUCGGUCUGUGUCUGGACAGCAAGCCGGAGACCAUACGCAUCUGUCGCCUGGCGCCCUGUCCCAGAGGCUCGUCGGACCUGAAUAAGAAUGGCAACAUUCUGAUCCAGUGGUUGUCUCGUCCUGACCCAGAUUCACCAUACCAGAGGAACAGCUCACGCAAGCAGCGUUGUCAUGGAGACAGGUCAGUGUUCUGUCGCAUGGAGGUGCUGAUCCGCUAUUGUGCUCUGCCGGGCUACAAGCGCAUGUGCUGCAAGUCCUGCAGCAACGUGCCAGACGCCACCCCGCCCCAGGUCACAGCUCGCCCUCUGCCAAAGAGAAACUCCACCUCUCUUCCAAAGAGGACAAUGAAUAUAGCUUAUACCACGCCACACUCACAGAGCACCUAUUCAACACCCUACCCAUACCCGUACUUCAGCCCUAGCAUAUACACUACAACUCCCAGCAGCCCUUUCCCUGAGUCAACAGUUAACAGCACUUUUAUCAGCAACGUCACCACAGAGACCCCGAUUCACAGUUAUGACAUUGGAGGGGUCGGAACCACUAUUCCCAGCAGCCCAUUUUCCAUGGAUGACUUAAAUCCAUCAGAAACAAGCUUUUAUGAGGAUAUCACAUCACCCAGUGGAACCCUCCCUUACACUGAAGUCACAAUUCCCAGUGGAGAUGAUGUAACAACGGCUAGUGGAAACGUGCCCUAUGACUAUGAUGUCACAAUGCAGAGUGGAACCUUGCCUUAUGAUAAUGACAUAACAGUCAUGACGGUAAUGAUUCCUACCAUCCCCGUCGAUGACGUCACAGAUGUGCCUAGGCCUGAUUGGCCGGAUUCCACAGAGUAUAUAUCUGUGAAGUCGACCGUGUCCACAAUGACCACAACUAUCGAGCCGAUAACAGAGAUAAUUACAGUCCCGCAUCUCACGACAACAAUAACCAAUGAGCCCACGCAAUCACCAAAUCACCCGGUGGAGACCAGCGAGAACAACUCCAUCGACAUUCCCUUCAACCGGAUCAUCAGAGUGGACAACGACAUAUCACAGAACAACCUGAUUCCCAAACGGAGCCGUGUGUUCCUGCAGGAGAGAACAAAGAAUAAACGAAUCCAGGAACUCCUGGAGGAGAAGAGGAACUUUCUGUUGCGGAUGAAGCGGGCACAGAGUGGCCCUUCGUGAUGAAGACUGCCUCAACCUUUGACCCUAGCCCUCCCCUGAUUUCUCUUAUAGAGAUGUACUUAUGUCUGCUUCCAGACUGGAGUUAUUUUUUAACCUUUAACCUGCCUUGGUGCUUUCAAUCAGGCAAUGACUCAAGGCACACACAGAACAAGCUUAGAUACAUACAUACAGCCAUGUUGUUUUAAAAACAUCUGAGUACUCUCACACACACACACCCACACACACAUCUGACAGACUGCAGCAAACCGGACUCUGUGGAGACAGAACUAAAGCCAAAGAACCUUUGGGAGUCAAAUCUUAUACAGAUUCCAACCUGAAGCGGUUCAUUUUCUUUUAAGAUUUAAAGUAGAUUCCCAUGUGAUUGGGUCACUAGUACAAUCACAUACUAGUACAAUCACACACUAAUACACUAGUACAAUCACACACUAAUACACUAGUACAAUCUCUUUAGACCCACACGUUAACGAGGAAAACAUUUAUCUCUCCAAAUCUUGCAAUUUUCUUUCAGAUUUUCUAAGCGGGGCACAUACAGUCCACUCUUCUGUAAGCAAUACAUAUCUGAAUAAGCUUAGUGUGUGAACAUUUGGACCUUCAGGCCAUUAAGGUUAACGGUAGAUUAUCUCAAUUCAGUAUUAUUCCCCAAUGCUUAAUUUCAAUCAGAUCUGACACCAUGUUAGAUAACAGCCAAUGGCUGCAGUUGAUAUAGCCCCAGUCUGAGUCAAACAGACAGUAACACAACUAAGGUCCCAUUGAACGAGGAGCGUUAGACAGGAACCGCAGUGUGCCUGGUGGUGUGUCCUGAAUGGUACUACAGUGCCCUGCACUUAAGGAACAAGACUGCCCUUUAGAACGCACAUUACAGCUUCCUGAAUCAGGGUACUUUAUAGCUCCAAAGCUCUGCCCUGUAGACUUCCAAGCAGCAGAAUACUAGGGGGACAUCUAGAUUGUCUGAAGUCAGUGGCCGUCUCUCUUUUUCUCUUUCUGUUGUCUGCACAGAUGACAACGACUUGGAAUGGUGACAGCAAAUAACAGGUUUCGCUGUCCACCGUGGUGCAAUCCUCUGCCUUCUUUUCCCUAUCCUUCACCCUACGCAGAUGAAAGAGAACGAAAAGAUACUGGGGAAAAAGCUUUGCUUAGGCUAUUGAGUUGACUCCGUAAGUACACCACAUUUGGAGUUAGCGUAGACCACGACAAUGCCAAGUCCAUAGGGCUCUAAUGUCCGACCCAUUGGGGUCUACUGCGCAUGCGCCUAUCGGCCGCUUCUCAGAGAGUCACCGCUCAACGGGCUGAGAGUCAGAGAGUCAAUGCUCCCACUAACUGUAUUUUUCCGUUCCCUCACAACAAUAAUCCAACAUAAAUAAAUGAAAGAUGAGAAAACUAUUUAUACAACAAGACAAAUUGACAAGUGUCUGAGCAUAAAUGGAAUGACGCGUGUGUUUCAGGGAUGGGGGGAUUGGGGUGUGUGUUUAAAAUUCUCGGCUGGAUCAUUGAGGUGCAUUAGUAACGCUAGUGGAUUCUAUUGGAUUCUAUCGUUGCUAACUCAGAGCUCACUACACGGACUCCUUUAUUUCUUCUUUAUCAUUUUUUUUUUACAAUAACAGCACUAAAGAUGAACAGAACAUAAACACAUUACAUAACAAAACAUAAAAUCGGAUUGCAACAAGGUUUUUUUUGUCAGCAACAGACAUAAAUCUUAUUAUAGCUAGUACUGCGAAUUUGGAUUCUGAUGUUCACAAAGUGAUGGCUCUCUCAUUAUACCCAGUAAAGUAGGGGUUUUAAAGUAGAUUUAAUUAGCAUUCACACUGCCAUGUGUUCAUCUUUGUUGGUGCUGAAACCCCCUCACUGAGCCACAGAGAACGCACCCAGUUAAUUUGCCUGCCUAUUUUGAAAGAGUAAGAAAAUAAUGAAUAAUUCUUUAUAAUUCUUUAAAUCCAACUUGUAUUUACUAUUAUUAUCUGAUAAUUUUGCAGCUGCUGCGGAAAACCUUUAGGGAUCUCUCUGUGCUACAUCUGUACAUAUGAAUCAGAACGUAAUGUUUAAUAUUUAUUGAAGUUCAAGUGUCUGUGGUAUUUCGCACAUCAGGGGUUGUGUGAUGUUCCUGUCUACAAUGUCUUUUUUUACUUUCAUUCUCUCCUCACUUACCACUAGAGGGAAGCAGAAUAGCACAUGUAGUGUGUCUUUUCACAUAUUAAUUUGUCAAACAAAUAAUUUCAGUUUCAGAGUUUUAUUGGGCAUAUUCAGGUAUAUCUUUUGACACAAUGAAUAUGCCCCUCGUUACGGCCAGAAGUAGAUAAAAUGGAAUGGAGACCUAGUAUGAAUCAGUUUCAAAUGCCCAAAUGAACCACUUCCCCUCCUCUCCUGGCACUCCAUUUGUGCAUUCAUGUGUACCUCUGCCAUUUGUACCAAGUGUCACAAAGUUGAGGGAGUGAAAAUGAUCAAGGACAUGUGGCUAAUUGGAUCGCCCUCCAGGGAUUCUGCAACAAUGCAACCACAAUAGGCAAAGUGGAAUCCCAUAAGGUACAAAAUGAUGAGCUUAUGCAAUUCCACACAGCAGAAUGGAUAGGCAGGCCACAUGGAAUUGUUUAUGCCUAAAUCAGAAGGGGAAAAAAACAUUAGUUAAAUGCAAAAGUCCCAGACUGCAAGUACUUUAACUAGCAUGUGAGGAAGGUUCUUGAAAUAUUCAUCUACUCAAAAAUGUAGCAGCUGGAAUCCAGCAGACAUUUUUAGCCUUUUGGUCUAGUACAAAAGUCACCCAACCUCCAAAGCAGUGACUGCAACAACUUGACAGUAUUGGCAUUGCAAUACUAAUAAAUGUUAAAGAAAAAAUUAAGAAAAAAACUGUUCAUUUUUAGACUUUAUUUCCUGGUUUAUUUCUUAUUUUUUUCAGUA